GCUAUCUAUCAAUUCCUCUCCUCCUCGCUUCGGUGCCGUAGACAUCUUUCUCUUUCACCUACACAGGGAGAAUAAACGCUAAUAAUCCACUGACCGACGUUACAGCAUCCGGACACCGCUAUGAUGGGUGUUUUUUACCAAGCUGGACUUAGUAACAGCGUUCGUGGUCACAGAUUCUGAUAGAAAACAACACAUUUUGACGCCCCGCUAAGCUACCGUGACUUCCCACCACUGUCCUGUGGUGUCGGCGUCGUCGUGGUGAGAGUCCUCUAACGGGGGGAUAUACAAGGAAUCUUACCUGGAGUUUGUGAUAAACCGCAAACAUGUCUGGGGCGUCUGUAAAAGUCGCUGUUCGAGUUCGACCCUUCAACUCCAGGGAGAUGAGCAAGGACUCGAAAUGUAUAAUUCAGAUGCAAGGCAACACUACAACUAUUUUGAACCCCAAAGCCCCAAAGGAACCAGCAAAGACCUUCAGUUUUGAUUAUUCCUACUGGUCACACACUACGCCGGAAGACUCUUCCUUUGCAUCACAGAACCGUGUGUACAAUGACAUUGGCAAAGAAAUGCUACAGCACGCUUUUGAGGGCUACAAUGUUUGCAUCUUUGCCUACGGCCAGACAGGAGCUGGCAAAUCCUAUACUAUGAUGGGAAAGCAGGAGGAGGGCCAGGAAGGAAUCAUUCCCAUGCUUUGUGAAGAUCUGUUUGAGAAAAUCAAUGAUGACAACAACAAAGAAGAACUCUCCUACUCAGUAGAGGUCAGUUACAUGGAGAUCUACUGUGAACGGGUGCGGGAUUUGCUCAAUCCCAAGAACAAAGGGAACCUACGAGUACGAGAACACCCUCUACUGGGCCCCUAUGUGGAGGACCUGUCCAAGCUCGCUGUCACCUCCUACACAGACAUUGCUGACCUCAUGGAUGCAGGCAAUAAGGCCAGAACUGUGGCUGCCACCAACAUGAAUGAGACCAGCAGCAGGUCCCAUGCUGUUUUCACCAUUGUCUUCACACAGAAGAAACAUGACAGUGAGACAGACCUCUCCACAGAAAAGGUCAGUAAAAUUAGUCUGGUAGACUUGGCGGGGAGUGAACGAGCAGAUUCCACUGGAGCUAAAGGCACCAGGCUAAAGGAGGGCGCAAACAUCAACAAAUCUCUCACCACACUAGGAAAGGUUAUCUCUGCCUUGGCUGAAGUGGAUAACUGUACCAGCAAGAGCAAGAAGAAGAAGAAGAGUGACUUCAUCCCGUACAGAGACUCUGUUCUGACAUGGCUGUUGAGGGAGAACCUGGGAGGAAACUCCAGAACAGCCAUGGUUGCUGCCCUCAGUCCUGCAGAUAUCAACUAUGAUGAAACUCUUAGCACACUUCGCUAUGCUGACCGAGCCAAGAAUAUCAAAUGCAAUGCUGUCAUCAAUGAAGAUCCUAACAAUAAGCUGGUGCGUGACCUGAAGGAUGAAGUGGCUCGACUGAAGGAACUCCUCCAUGCCCAGGGCCUAGGAGACAUCCUGGACAUUGAUCCUUUGGGGGAUGAUUGCCCAGGAAGUGGAAUCAAAUCUGACAGUGCCCAAAUCUUUAGAAUGGCACUUCUCACUUCUCACACUGAGGCUCAGAGCUACAGACGGAAAGCCCCUAUUGGUUCCCUGACAGCCUCCCCAUCCUCUGGUGCACUAUGCAGCCAGGGAGGACUCCAGUCAGUCACCAGCAUCCAGGAGCGCAUCAUGUCCACACCUGGAGGAGAGGAGGCCAUUGAAAGACUCAAGGAAUCAGAAAAGAUCAUUGCUGAGCUUAAUGAAACCUGGGAGGAGAAACUGAGAAAGACGGAGGCAAUACGCAUGGAGAGAGAGGCCUUGCUUGCAGAGAUGGGUGUGGCAAUACGUGAAGAUGGAGGCACUUUAGGAGUCUUCUCUCCUAAAAAGCUUAGUCAUGAAGGGCCAUUUGACAACCAGUUGGAUUGUUUUCCCACUAAAGAGCAUUUUGUUGAGAAGCCUUGUGAUCUCUAUACAGACUUUAAUGGGGUGUUUUCCCCAAAAAAGACUCCACAUCUGGUUAACCUAAAUGAGGAUCCCCUCAUGUCGGAGUGUCUGCUCUACUACAUCAAAGAUGGAAUUACAAGGGUGGGUCAGGCUGACGCCGAAAGAAGACAAGACAUUGUUUUAAGUGGUGCUCACAUUAAAGAAGAGCACUGCAUCUUCCGCAGUGAAAGGAAUGCCAAUGGAGAUGUUAUCGUUCUGCUGGUGCCCUGUGAGGGAUCAGAAACUUAUGUCAAUGGCAAACGUGUUGAAGAUGCAAUCCAGCUUCGAUCAGGUAAUCGUAUCAUUAUGGGAAAGAACCAUGUGUUCCGGUUCAAUCACCCAGAACAGGCCCGAGCUGAAAGGGAGAAGACACCUUCUGCAGAAACUCCUGUGGAGCCUGUGGAUUGGACCUUUGCGCAGAGAGAGCUUCUGGAGAAACAGGGCAUCGACAUGAAGCAGGAAAUGGAGAAAAGGCUCACUGAAAUGGAAAUCUUGUACAAGAAGGAGAAGGAAGAGGCAGACCAACUUCUGGAACAACAGCGACUGGUUUAUGAGAGCAAAUUGCAAGAACUUCAGAAACAGGUCGAAACUCGCUCGCUGAUAGCCGAGACACCGGAUGAAGAAGAGCUGGGGGAGGAGGAGGAAGAGGAAGAACCUAAACUACUGGAAUGUGCAAACAUGCCGUGGACUCAGCAUGAAUUUGAACUGGCACAGUGGGCCUUCAGGAAGUGGAGGUACCAUCAGUUCACCUCCCUCCGUGAUCAGCUGUGGGGAAAUGCUGUGUACUUGAAGGAGGCUAACGCCAUUAGUGUGGAGCUAAAGAAGAAAGUCCAAUUCCAGUUUGUCUUGCUGACAGACACACUGUACUCACCACUGCCUCCCGAGCUCCAGCCUCCAGAGCCAGAGAAGGAUCGUGACUCCAGGCCUUUCCCUCGCACUGUGGUGGCGGUAGAGGUUCAGGACCUUAAGAAUGGAGCCACACACUACUGGUCCCUUGAAAAACUCAAGCAGAGGCUGGAGCAGAUGAGAGAGAUGUACGACCGUGCAGGUGAAAUGGCCUCCACUAACCAGGAGGACGGCGAGAGCACUUUGACAGGAAAUGACCCCUUCUAUGACCGUUUCCACUGGUUUAAACUAGUGGGGAGCUCCCCCAUCUUCCACGGUUGUGUUAACGAGCACCUGGUUGACCGCACGCCCUCGCCGACCUUCUCCACCACUGACUCCGAGAUCACCGAGCUGGCGGACGAGCGCCAGAGUGAGAUGUCUGACUUGAUUGAUGAUGAAGCAUUUGUGGACGACACCAGCUCAGAUGCCGGCACUGAGGAGGGCUCUGACAUCUUCAGUGAUGGCCAGGAUCCCUUCUAUGACCGCUCCCCCUGGUUCACUCUGGUGGGAAGAGCGUUCGUGUACCUGAGCAACCUGCUAUACCCUGUACCUCUGGUUCAUCGCGUUGCCAUAGUAACAGAGAAGGGUGCGGUGCGUGGUUUUCUGCGUGUGGGUGUCCAGGCAAUAGCUGCUGAUGAGGAGGCUCCAGACUACGGGUCAGGAGUUAGACAGUCAGGAACGGCCAAGAUUUCCUUUGAUGAUGAAUACUUCAAAAAGAAUGACUUUUCUUCCACGGUUAUGACUCGCUCCGGCUUGUCCCUAGAAGAGCUGCGCAUUGUGGAAGGACAGGGUCAGAGUUCAGAGGUCAUCACACCCUCAGAAGAACUCAACAGAAUCAAUGACAUGGACCUCAAGCUGGCUAACAUUGCAGAAACCAAGCUGGUUCAUGGUGAUGAUUUGAUCGACCAGCUGGAGGUGGGCAGUAUCUUUACCUUUCGUGUUACUGUGCUGCAAGCCAGUGGCGUCCCACCUGAAUAUGCUGACAUCUUCUGCCAAUUCAAUUUCCUGCAUCGUCAUGAUGAAGCUUUUUCCACUGAGCCCCUGAAGAACACAGGCAAAGGAGCUCCUCUGGGCUUUUAUCAUGUCCAGAACAUUUCAGUCGAGGUCACAGAGUCAUUUAUUGAGUACAUCAAGACAAAGCCCAUUGUGUUUGAAGUGUUUGGCCAUUACCAACAACACCCACUACAUGUUCAUGGACAGGACCUGAUCAGUCCUCCAACACCAUCAAGGAAAUACUAUCCUAUUCCAAUGCCUCUGUCUAAACCAGACCAUACGCGUAAGAUAGAGUUGAUCCGCUACUUGAUGAGCGGCUAUAUGAACGGCAUGGUGCUGGACACGCUGUCUGAGCACGCCAACGCCCUGGCCUCCACUGCCGUGGCUCGUCUGGAGGACGAAGCUGACCAGCUCUGUCACUUCCCCUUCCUCCCAGUACCUAAUGACCCUGUGCUAAUUGUGCCCAGACAUCAUGUUCCAGCCACUAAAUUGAACACCAUCACCAAGUCCAACCUGGGUCAGUGUGUCAGCAAGUACGACCUGCUGGUCUGGUUUGAGAUCAGCGAGCUUGAGCCCACUGGAGAAUACAUCCCAGCAGUGGUCGAUCACAGUGGAGGACUGCCAUGUAAUGGCACCUACCUACUGCACCAGGGGAUCCAGCGGAGGAUCACAGUGACUCUCAUCCAUGAGAAGGGUAGCGAGCUUCACUGGAAGGACGUCCGUGAACUGGUCGUGGGUCGCAUCAGGAACAAAGCAGAAGUGGACGAUAGCGCUGCUGAUGCUGUUCUGUCCCUCAACAUCAUUUCUGCCAAGAACAUCAAGUCAUCACACAACGCAAACAGGCUUUCUAUUGAUAAGGAUAUUGAUAGGACUUUCUACCGCUUCGAGGCAGUGUGGGACAGCUCCCUGCACAAUUCCCUCCUGCUUAAUCGAGUCACUCCUUAUGGAGAAAAGACCUACAUGACCGUAUCUGCAUAUCUGGAGCUGGACCAUUGCAUCCAGCCUGCUAUUAUAACCAAAGAUAUCUGCAUGGUCUUCUACUCCCGAGAUGCGAAAAUCUCCCCUCCCCGUUCCCUCAGAAACUUCUUUGGGAGUGGUUACUCCAAAACUCCUGAUUGCAACCGCGUCACCGGCAUCUACGAGCUGAGCUUGUGCAAGAUGUCUGAUACUGGAAGCCCAGGAAUGCAGCGGAGGAGGAGGAAGGUCCUGGACACAUCAGUGGCUUAUGUGCGUGGAGAGGAGAACCUGGCCGGCUGGAGGCCCAGAGGAGACAGUCUUAUUCUGGAGCACCAAUGGGAGCUGGAAAAAAUGGAGCAGCUUCAUGAGGUGGAGAAGACCCGUCAUCUGCUCCUCCUGAGGGAGAAGCUGGGAGAUGCAGCUCCAGUGGGCACAGCUCCCACCACCAAGUCCCUGAGUGAGUUGCUCUCCCCGAGCAUGAGCUCUGGCAGCCUGUCCACCUCCACCUCCAUUUCCUCCCAGAUCUCCAGCACCACCUUUGAGAGCGCCAUCACGCCCAGCGAGAGCAGCGGCUACGACUCCACCGACAUCGAGAGUCUGGUGGAUCGUGAGAAGGAGUUGGCCACUAAGUGCCUUCGUCUCCUGACACACACCUACAACAGUGAGUACAACCAGCUGGUCAACAGUAUCAGUGACUGCAAGCUGUCUGACAUCUCACCCAUGAGACGUGAUCCAUCAGUGGCCAGCUUCAGCAGCGCCACCCUCACUCCCUCCUCCACCUGUCCUUCUCUGUCUGACUCCCGCUGUGGCUCACUAGACCAGAGGACCCCAGAGAACAGCUCUCGUGCCUCCAGUCCUUCUUGUUCAGACUAUGAAAACUUCCCAAUGGUUCCAUCCCUGGAGGCUUCCUAUUUAGCACGGGCUGGAAAAAAUGAGUUCCUCAACUUGGUGCCUGAUAUUGAAGAGAUGCGACCAGGGUCUGUUGUGUCCAAGAAGGGUUUCCUGAGCUUCAUGGAGCCGCGCUCUAACUCGUGGGUGAAACACUUUGUGGCUGUGCGCCGGCCUUACGUCUUCAUCUACAACAGUGAUAAGGACCCGGUGGAGCGAGGUGUCCUCAACCUCUCAACAGCACAGGUGGAAUACAGUGAAGACCAGCAGGCCAUGCUCAAGACUCCCAACACAUUUGCAGUGUGUACAAAACAUCGAGGAAUCCUGCUGCAGGCCAACAACGAGAAAGACAUGAAUGACUGGUUGUACGCAUUUAAUCCUCUGUUAGCAGGGACAAUAAGAUCUAAGCUGGCGAGGAGACGCACUGGCCUGAUGAAAAACUGAGUGAGUCGACUGGUACACAAAAACCACGGCUAUCAUUGUUUCUGAAACGACUUUGAACAUAACGAGCGUUAACACUUAUUAAUCAUUGUGAUUCUUGAUGGUUUUCUCUUGUAAGUAGACUUGUGGCUUAAGUCUCCUUUCAUGCAACUAAAAGUUUCAGUUCCAGAGAUAUUUGCCUCCUCUCUCCCUCCAACAGCCCUCUGCAAACUUCCCUUCCCUAUCUCCUCCUCAGAUUUGUGUGUUUUUUAUGACAAUGUUUCUGUCUGAUUUUGUUCCGCUUUGUCAUCACGCCCUGACUCCCUAACUAGUAGCAUGUUGUAAUAGUCAACUUGUGUGUGCACGAUUCUUCAGAAAAUGUUCUUUCUGGCCACAAAUUUUCAGUUUGCCAAUUAUCUGUAAAAAAAAAACAAAAAAACAAAAAAAACCCCAUCUCAUUCAGUGUUAUUCGUCUCCCUAAAAAAGGUUGAUUUUUUUUUAUUAUUUUUUUGUUAUUAAUAAGCCCACAUGGCAACUGCAGCAGUCCUCAGGGGAUGACCAAGUUUGCUUUGUCAAAAAAAGUAAAGAUAGAUCAGAUAACUACAGAUGAAACAAUGAAGGAAAACUCAACACAAAUAUCUGAAAUAAAUAAUGAAGUAUCAGUUCACGAUCUGCGACAGAAGGCAGGGCUACUUCUAGAAUUAUUGCUGCUAAUGAAUUCAUAGUUGUUGUUUUUUUUGCUGCUUCCUAAAGUAGACUCUAGCUUCCCGGUACUGCCUCCUGAACUGUCGCAUUCAAAAUGUGGAAAAUUUGUCAAGGUCCCAUCUCAGUGAAACAAGAGGGCUGCACUGGAUUCCCAGUGUCAUCCAUGUGACAUUUAGAUAACCACUCCUGUCUGUGUACAUACAUCCCGAUAGUGCCGUGUCUGUGACUCAUUACUUACAAUCAUGCAUUUGUGUCAACAUGAGAAAUAUGAGCUAAAUGCAGAAACAUGCAGAAAUAAUUCAAGUUUAAUUCACUUCAUCUUAGUGAAAUUAUGACAGUGGAUUGUUCCAGAUAUUUGCCCUUUUUGCUAUUUCACCCUUAAAAAAACAAAACAACAAACAGGGUAAUCAGGAGGUGAUGAGGAAGAUGGACAGAGAACGCAUCAUUUGUAAACACAGUUUGAUCUGGGAUCAGAGUGGUAGUUAACUCUUAUUUAAGACAUUCCUCUCAGCUCCUUCAGCUCUUGGCAGUUUUUCUUACUCUGUCAUGUUUAGACUCAGGCCUCAAGACAAGUCACAACUCUCACUAACCUUUAAUUUACCCAUCACAAACAUGUGAUUUGUGAUGAAGUGGGUAUAAUACGAUAAAAGGGAGAAUUAAGUUACAGUGCUUGACAAAGCUGUCCGCUCACAGCCUGCAGGUCACAGAACAAUAUAAUCCAAGCCCAUGACUCCCUUCACUGUCACACCAGUGUCCAGUGAAUCCUCUGUAAAGUGAAGAACUCACUUUGAUGACCACAUGUUCAUUUUCUAUUUAUGUUUUAGAACUCAUAACUCGUCUAACCCGCACUGUUUUGACAUUGCAUUUAUAUUCCUUUUUUUUUUAAGUAUUAACACGGGUUUUUUUUGUCUGUUAUGAUUUUAACCAUUCCAUAGUGAGGUUUUAAAUGAAAUGUAACAAAGGGCAUUUAUUUCUUGAUUUCUUGUUUAACCUUAUUUUUGCACAUUAACACAUAUCUAUAGCAAGGCGAGGGCAGAUCACACACAGAGUAUCAGGAACACUGAAAAGAGCACAUAUCAAGGCUACACUGGAUAGCUGUUUUCCAAAGGGUUUAUUAGAAAGAUAGAAGUUAUGUUAAAGGGAUGACAUAUACUCAAAGAUUUUAUUUCUGAUAUUGUUUAUGAAGAUAUUUGCUCUGUACAUUGCACUAUAGCUUGGAGAAUGGUGUGUUUGUCGACUGUCGGAUAGUAGAACAGUGAUUAGCACAGAUGGGCACUCCAAAACUCUGGCCAACCAACCAGUAGUGUGCCCUCUGUAUCAUAUGAAAGAAGCCUUAUGGUUACAUGCGUUGACGCAGAGGAACCAACUGGCUGUUAUAAGAGUCAGUCGAAUUACUGGUGACAGAAAGCAUUUACCACCAAAUGUAAAACAGCAGAGCGUCUCUGCCCUCAGGUCAGCCAACCUGGUCAGAGAAACAGGAACAGAAAGUAUGCACACUUAAGUUUAAGAAGACUCAGAAACCACUGUGCACAGGUGGGGGCUCAAAGUGGAAGGUACCUCAACAUGUGACGGAUUUAUAUGACUACAUGUCGGAGCAAACAUUUUCACUUCAGUGACUAAUUUGCAGAUAUGUUUUAUUUUAGGGUUGUGUAUUUAUUGUUUGCAAAUUGCAAUGUAUAUAUUAGUUUGCAGCUCUUUGCACAUAUUAAUAAAAGGUUCAACUGAUCAAAUUAAGUCUGCACAGUUUAGUUGUUCAACUGGGAAUGAACCAAAAGAUGAUGUGGCAGCCUCAUCCUGCCUGAAGAGGGAGAGUGUUGAAUGUACUAUGAAGGUGUGUGAUUCUCCAUCUUUGGGAAAAAAAAAAGAGAACUAAGAUGUAACCCACGACUGCCUGUCAGAGGAGGUGAGUUACAUUAGUCGUUCCUCUUGAUUAGAAAGUCUGCUUUUGAUUUGGAGAAUAUUUACUCACCGCUCAUGCUAGCCAGCCAUCCGAAUUCUAACAAAAUGAAGGUGGUUUUUAACAUUUUUUUUUCUAAUAUCAGGGAAUAUAAUAAAAAAGUAGCUACAGUGACAUCUAAAAUGACAGUAUACUAUUGUUUACGGUGGUGUCUUAAUUCACCUCAACACCUUUUUUUUUUCAGUUGAUGCCUUUCAAACAGAACUAACCAUGAUAUUUUCCAUCUUACCCUCUGACAAUUAAUAUCUGGGUUCCCUUUGGAUUUGUUUACCACGAGGAAACAAGCAAAACCAACAAACCAUGACAUUAACACUGUACAUUAUUUGUCAGACUGGUUUCAUUUUCAUACUUAUUUUGUAAAUAUCUGUGUUGUAUGGAGCUUGAAUUCAAAUGUAAAUAUGUUUACUGUAUUUGUAAUAAUUAUAAUCCAUUCGCUGUAUAGCAUAGAUGUGUCAUGCAGAUACCCUAAUUCUGUGUACGGUAAUCUUACACCAUUGAACUGUUUAGUGAAUGAGGCAACAAUAAAAGUGCAAACUGUGCAUUAGCAGA